ACCGCAGGGAGGGCAGGAGGCUGGAGCGCCUGCUGCCCGCCCGCCCGCGCGUAAAAUGGUCACCUCGGCUGGACAGCUCGCCCUGUUCGCGCUGGGUAUCGUGUUGGCUGUGUGCCAAGCCCUAGAGAACACCACAUCCCCCCUGAGCGACCCACCUGUGGCUGCAGCUGUGGUGUCACACUUUAACGAAUGCCCAGAUUCCCACACUCAGUUCUGCUUCCAUGGAACCUGCAGGUUUUUGGUACAGGAGGACGAGCCAGCAUGUGUCUGCCACACUGGCUACAUCGGUGCACGCUGUGAGCAUGCAGACCUCCUGGCUGUGGUGGCCGCCAGCCAGAAGAAGCAGGCCAUCACUGCCUUGGUGGUGGUCUCCAUUGUGGCCCUGGCUGUCCUCAUCAUCACAUGUGUGCUGAUACACUGCUGCCAAGUCCGAAAACACUGUGAGUGGUGCCGUGCCCUCAUCUGCCGGCACGAGAAGCCCAGUGCCCUCCUGAAGGGCAGGACUGCUUGCUGCCACUCAGAGACAGUGGUCUGAAGAGCCCAGAAGAGUUUGGCC